AUGAGGAGGGCUCGGGAGGAAGAUAAGAACAGCGCCAAGGAAGCAGUACCGGGGGGAAGUCUGUCCUUGCCCACGGUCAGCGCGGCAGAAGGCCGGGCCACCAUUUCCCCGUCCAAACCCAGCAUUCCUCGGACGCCCCCGCCAGCGCUCAGGCCGGGGACGUUCCAGGCGGGGCUCCCGCGCGAGCGUGCGGCACCCCCGCCGCGGGACGCGGGGAACCCGCGGCGCUCGCUCUCCGGGCUCCGCUCUCCGCGCUCGCCGCGCGAACCGGUCGGCGCGGGGCCGGGCGGGCGGAAGCGCGGCCGCCCGGGGGCGGGAGCAGCUGGCGGUCACGGGCCAACCGCCGACGACACCGCACCCGCGGCCUCCCGACCCGGCCCCCGGCGCUGGCUCGCUGGCCGCGGAGCCGGAAGUGAGGAGCCGGAAGUGCGGGGUCCCGGGCCCCGGGCCGCUCUCUCUCCCGAGGCCUGGCGGGGGCUCGCGCCACGUCUCUCUGAUGCGCGCGCGUCUCCCGGGGGUGGGCCGGGUCCACUCGACUCCGCCCCGGGCCGCGGCCCGGCCGACUACAUCCGGGAACCCGCGCGGGCCGUUGCCGGGGUGACCGGGCUGCGUGCGGAGGACCGCGGCUGCUCCGUGAGGCGCAGCCUUCGGGCCGGGCGUCCCCCGUCCUUUUCCCACACCCUUGGCCCGGCGCCUGGACCGUGGAGAUGGCGUAGCCCAGCACCGCGUCGCCACCGCGGAGCCGAAGCUCUGUCGACCGCGGGAGGACGGAGAAGAUUAUUCCAGCCGCGCGGACGGGACGGGGCAGGGAUGGAGCGGAAAGCCGCGGGCCGCGCGGGGCCUGACCCGCUUCCCUGGCGGUCCCGCCAGCCCCGCGGCCAGCGCACCCGGCCAGUCCCUGCAGAAGGACCCGCGAGCGCGCGCGGAGGUCUCUUGUGCUCUCCCGCCCCGCUCGCUCUCCGACGGUGGGCCCGUGGUACUUUUCUGUGUUUGGCCGGCAACCGAGUUCUGCUUCCCUGCCCAUCCCCAUCACCGCUUCAGUAGACCGUCGCGGUCCUGUCCACAGAAACCGCUCAACUGUUCCUUCUCCCACAGCGCUUCUUGGUCGUUUCCUACCAGCCUUUGGGGUCCUGCAGGAAUCCUGCCUAUCCCCAGGGGUGCUGGAUAGAAAUGUGCCAGGGUACAUUUCCAAGGAGUUUCAACGUCCCUGCAGUGUCCUUCCCCAGACUGGUUUUAGUGACACUACAUACAUUUCAAACCUAAGUAACGGUAUUGUUUUAGACCGCUAGCACAUCAACUCUUGUAAAAACGGUGACAAGCCCAAACAUAAAUAUCUUAUAAAGAGCCAUUACAUUCUAAAAUUGACCUAUGUAUUAAAAAUGUAUUAACACCAAUUCACUCAACCCGUAACUAUUCUGUGUCUAUUGUGGAUUUUCCUCCUCCAAGCCAUCCUGAGUUGGAACGCAUUACUCUUCGGUAAUACUAGAAAGGGGCCCCAGUCAAGCGUACCUCCUGCUGCGAUUGCAUAGGAACAGAGAAGGACUUGUAGCCAAGGGCGCGUGUUGUCCACAAGGCUUCUGAAGGGCGACUUGGAAAACGGGCCUUAAUGCCCUCUUGCGUUUGAAUGGUGUGGACAGUGACUACUUGGCAGAACUGGCUGUCUCCUUAAGGACUCUUGAUGCUGUCUCUUUGAGCUUGGUGACUUCUGCCUGCCCAUUCUGCUUAGAAAGACCAGAAGACUCCUACUGCUCUCGUUUGGCACAUAUAACCAGAGAGGUAAGAAGGAGGACUUGCUGUCACAUACAAUCGUGACACGGAGGUAAUUUGUUCACCUUUGCGAAGGUAGAUGCUCUUCAUUCCCGGGGCUUGUGGAGAACUUUAAUAGCCUGCCUCUCUUUCAUUUUAUAGUCAGGAAGGGAAGGAGACAACCGAUUAGUGGCUAACGUUUGUACUCCAUUCUGCAUGAGUAGGUUCGGAUGUUACAUCCUGAUUGGUUAUCAAUGCUAUUUUCUCAAGAGCAAGAAAUUGCUACAUCCAGAUCUUGUCUAUGAGAAGUCUGAUAAUGUGGAAAAUUCCAGCACUCUUCAUCAGCAGGUUCCUCUUCGUGGAGCGGUACUUAAGUUACUGAUCACACCGUGUGACCUUCAGGGAACGAAGGCGCUAACAGAGGACACUGUGGAAUAGAACACUAAAAAGCUCCCAGAGGAGCCUUCUCAUGUGACUGGUACUUCUCUGCUGUGGACCUCUGAUUGGCCUUGGUGGCAUCCUGAAUAAAUUUGACCUCCCUUCACUAGCAUGCAAGGCUGUCCAGUGUCUGGUCCCAGGCUUGCUUUCUGUUAUGUAACCCCUUCGACCAAGUCAGUACUCUGUAUGCCUGGAGUGAGAGGCUCCUUCAGCCAGCACCCGUCUCGGCACAGAGAUGAGGAAGUUCAUAGAACUUGGCUUAUAGAAACAAGUUAUCUGCUGCACACCACGAAACUUCCAGAAGACCAGCAGCUGCUGCUGUGUAGAGUAGUGAUAUGGGCAUACUCACAUGGACAGACUCGCUGUUUAGUUGGGAAAGACAAAAAGUGAGUGCUUUUUCAGCCUGAGAAGUGGUUGGAUCUCUGCAGAGAACUGUGAAGUACUGUUAAGAACUCAAAAACUUUCUACCCCGGGUAUUCUGAAUGGGAAGACUGCCAGCAUUGUGUCUC